GAGUCACGAAAACAGAUUCUCAAUUUUCGCUACCAAAACCUUUAUCCAUGUUGGUGAAAUACUUGGCUCAAUUCUACUCUCAUAUCAAAUGGGUGUUUGAUUUCCUUCUCUUUUACCCAUUCUAUAAGCUCCAUGAUUCUCAAAUGCCAAUGAUUGGAGAAGAGCAGAGCAUAUGCCACUAUGCACACAACCCUGGCACAGAGGAAGAUGCUGAUUGUGCUGUUUGUCUGUGCAAAAUUGGAGAUGGUGAAGAGAUUAGAGUUCUUAGGUGUGAACAUUUCUUUCACAGAAAUUGCUUGGAUGCAUGGGCUGCUCUCAAAAACGCAUCUUGCCCUCUUUGCAGAGAAUCGAUUAGGCCACGAAGAACCCUCAAUGAGGUUGGAGCUGAAGUUCUGUGGUUUGAAUUUUGCUCUGUAAACACUAAUGAGGGCGACAGAUGGUGGCUUCGUUGAGUCAAUAAGUGAAAAUGGUCAAUUAUGGUUUAAUUAAAGGCCUGUAUGCGACACUUAGAAACGAUUAGAUUUGUUUUCUCUAAGUGUAAGCCUAAACUUGCACCAUAAUAUGAAGUUUUUCUUUUUGAUUUGGUUUAAAUGAUUUUUUAUCCUAAGUUAAGUGGUAAUA